AGAACAUGUCACGUGCUGUGUGUGUAAGGUAGUGUACGCCAGGUUUUUACAUGUAUCCGUUGAUGGGUGUUCAACACUACAGCAAGAAUGUUGCAGAUGAAAAAUCGUAUGAAAUACUGCUCUGUCGCAAUCGCUGCGAACAGACUGCUUUCAGGGCCGGUGAAAAACCCUGUUGUUUUUAUGGAUAUUGCAGCUGACGGCGAGUUCAUUGGAAGAAUUAUUAUUGAGCUUUAUGCUGACGUUGUACCCAAAACAGCUGCAAAUUUCCGGGCCCUUUGUACAGGAGAGCAUGGCUUUGGAUAUAAGGACUCAGUAUUCCACAGAAUCAUCCCUGAGUUCAUGUGUCAGGGUGGAGAUUUCACUAAUCAUAAUGGCACUGGUGGAAAAUCUAUUUAUGGAAAGAAAUUUAAGGAUGAGAAUUUCAUGCUGAAACACACUGGACCAGGUGUUCUGUCUAUGGCGAACUCUGGGCCAAACACAAAUGGAUCCCAGUUUUUCAUCUGCACUGCAAAAACAGAAUGGCUUGAUGGCAAACACGUUGUUUUCGGGCAGGUCAAAGAAGGAAGGGAGACGGUCUCUGUAAUGGAGUCCUAUGGCCUACAUGAUGGAGGAACUGUAAAGAAGAUUGUCAUCACAGACUGUGGAGAACUCAAGUAACCAAGGAUGUGCAUUCAUUUCAAUGUGAUCAAAGGUUUUCACAACAAAACUGCUUAUGCAUGUCAUUUAAAGUAAAUUAAAUAUAUAUAUUUUUUGUUUUGUUACCUAAGUACCUAUUGCCAUUUUAAUGUGUCAGUCUAUGGAUCCAUUAAGGUGUUUUAUGCUUACUAAGUAAGCAAAUGACUCUGUAAGUAUUGUGAUUACUUACCCCUACACAACAAAAAUUGCUUAUGGGUCAAAUGCCAUGGGCCACAAGGAAAUUUAUACUGUUAAAGCCUCUUUUUUUUUGGUUUUGAAAUUAGGAUAAAAGCUAUACAGAGAUUUCUAAGAAAUCUUUACCUUCUAAGAACUAUGCCCAGGAGGUUU